AAGUGAGAGAGAACAUAAAAUAAAGGGAAGCUUGGGCAACACAAAGUAACCGUUAGGACUUGAGAGCUCCUAAUAUUUCAUCAAAUCCUCUUUCCUUUCUCAGAAAACUAUCCGUUACCUGCGAGCUUCUCCUAGCAGAAAAAACCUUGCUGUUAUUCAACAACAGAGAGGUUUUUUCUAUACAAUAAUAUACAGCAAUUGAAUUGAAGGUCAAGAAAAAAAAAACACAGAACAAUCAUGGAAUCGACAACACAAAGAAGAAAGAGUGGAAUUAACCUUCCAUCUACAAUGUCGGAAACCUCUCUUCGGCUUGACGCCUUUUCUUCUUCUACCAGCUCAAAGCGAACAAGCAAUUUGGCAUCAUCCCCAAUGUCCAACAGGUCACCUCGGACUAUAUCGAACCUGUCAUCAUCCCCAUCAUCUAAAUCUGCAACUUGCAGUGAUAGAUUCAUUCCCUGUAGAUCUUCAUCGAGACUACACACUUUUGGGCUGGUGGAGAAGGCUUCUCCGGUGAAGGAGGGAGGAGGAGGAACCAACGAUGGAUACUCCAGGUUAUUGAAAUCUGAGCUUUUUGGGGCUGAUUUUAGUUCUUUCUCUUCUCCUACAGGUUCUAAAGGCGGUGCCUCCCCCAUGAGUAUGAGUCCCAGUAAGAAUAUGCUGAGGUUCAAAACUGAAAAUUCAGGGCCUAAUUCUCCUUAUUCCCCCUUGGUUUUGGGGCACAGAGACACUUGCCUCUCUAAUGAGGUUUCAACCCCUCCUAAACCCCCUAGGAAAGUGCCCAAGACACCCCACAAGGUUCUGGAUGCUCCAUCACUUCAAGAUGACUUCUACUUGAACCUAGUUGAUUGGUCCUCACAGAAUGUACUUGCUGUUGGGCUCGGAACUUGUGUUUAUUUAUGGACAGCCUCAAAUAGUAGAGUGACAAAGUUGUGCGACUUAGGACCCACUGAUAGUGUCUGUUCAGUCCAAUGGACCCGGGAGGGGUCUUAUUUAUCAAUUGGUACAAGUCUUGGGCAAGUUCAGGUUUGGGAUGGAACUCAAUGCAAGAAGGUUAGAACAUUUGCUGGACAUCAGACAAGAACUGGAGUCCUUGCAUGGAGUUCACGCAUUCUAUCUUCUGGUAGCAGAGACAGAAACAUCCUUCAGCAUGACGUUCGUGUUCCAAGUGACUUUAUUAGCAAAUUUGUCGGUCACAAGUCCGAGGUUUGUGGGUUGAAAUGGUCUCAUGAUGAUAGAGAGCUUGCGUCAGGGGGAAAUGACAAUCAGCUCUUAGUGUGGAAUCAGCGAUCUCAGCAACCAGUUUUGAAGCUAACGGAGCAUACUGCCGCGGUCAAGGCCAUUACCUGGUCUCCUCACCAAUGUGGACUUCUGGCAUCAGGAGGAGGAACAGCUGAUCGAUGCAUUCGCUUUUGGAACACAACCAAUGGCAAUCAAUUGAACCAUGUUGAUACAGGAAGCCAGGUAUGCAAUCUAGCGUGGAGUAGAAAUGUAAAUGAGAUAGUUAGCACACAUGGGUAUUCCCAAAACCAAAUCAUGGUGUGGAAGUAUCCAUCAAUGUCAAAGGUUGCCACUCUAACUGGCCAUAGUCUUCGUGUCCUAUAUCUUGCCAUGUCACCUGAUGGCCAGACAAUAGUAACUGGAGCAGGAGAUGAGACACUGCGCUUUUGGAAUGUAUUUCCCUCAGUAAAAACUCCUGCAGCAGUGAAGGACACAGGACUAUGGUCUUUAGGCAGGACGCACAUACGCUGAUGUAAUUAUUGUUGCUGUAAAUGGAACUGGAAACCAAGAAACAAUCUCCCAGAGAAUUGAUUGCGCUGUUUUAAACACCUUCUUCAAUUCACAAACAUAUAUAUAUAUAUAU